AUGCCGACGUCAACUCAUGAGGGUGGCCCAAGCCGCGUUGCCUUGCUAGGUGCCACCGGUAAUACUGGUCGAAUUGUCUUGGAGAAGUUAUUGAAGACCUCGUACGCCUCUUCUCCCGGUAUCAAUAUCUACGUUCGCUCCCGGGCUAAGAUAGAGAGACUGUUUCCUUCUCUAUCGAAUGACCCUUCGGUGAAGAUCUUUGAAGGAAGUAUCACAAAUGAAAGCGUGAUCCAGGACUGUCUCGCUACAGCUGGCACAAUUAUUUGCACUUUGGGAGAGAACGAGAACAUCCCAGGUGUCACUGUUCUUGAAGAUUUUGCUCGAGCAACGACCAAUGCUCUAUCAACCCUCCAAAAUAAAAAUGAAUCUUCGAUUAAGCCCCACCUCAUCAUGUUGUCAUCUGCGACUAUGAAUCCCCGAUUCGCAGCAGCCCGACCUGCACUUUUACACUGGAUGAUUCGAAACGCAUUCGACAAGCCCUACAACGAUUUAAUCACAGCCCAGGAGAUGCUACUAGCUAUUCCAGAACUACUCUCCGUUACCUUGAUCCAGCCAAAUGCCCUCGUGGAAGAGAAAUCAACAGGCUGUGUCGUGAGCACGGAAUUCGCUCACAUGGCCUGUUCAUAUGAGGAUUUGGCUGAGGGAUUCCUUCAGGUCUAUACAUCCGCUUCAUUGCAAAAUCUACCUCGCAUCGGAGUGUCUAGUGGACGAGCUGAGAAUGGCAUGCUUUACGCGCCUUUUGUAAUCGGCAAGGUCUUCCGUGGACUCGCUUUUCAAUUCAUACCUGGUUAUUGGCAGGUGGAGUACUGGAUCGCAGCACGACUUCGAACUUGGGAGAAUAGACCAAAGAGAGAUUGA